AAAGACAAAGAGUCCAACACCAACAUGCUCCUCUUCCUGCUCUUCUUCGGUCUGGCUCUGGGUGCCGUGUCUCCCUCAGACAAUCAUCAAAUGAAGCUCCAGCGUGGAGACUGUCCCAUGUCCUGGUUCAGCUUCUAUGGUCGCUGCUACAAGUACGUGGCCACACGUAUGACCUGGGCUGAUGCAGAACUCCAUUGCGUGUCAGAAGGAACCAACCUGGUGUCUAUCCACAGUCUGGAUGAACAUAAUUUUGUCAAAGCCCUGAUCAAGCACUUCGACUCUGCUCAGGGAUGGACCUGGAUCGGACUCAGUGAUAUCCACAAAGAAGGCAGAUGGAUGUGGUCUGACGGGUCUGCAGUCAACUUUACCUUGUGGGGUGCAGGGCAGCCAGACAACGCUGGAGGAAACGAACACUGUGGACACAAAAACAUUGGAUCAGAACUGAAAUGGAAUGACCAUCAGUGUUCUCAGACAUUCCCGUUUGUUUGUGAAUCUCGCACGAUUUGUCCAUAGCAAAAAAAGAAGGUUAUGCCUGAUUAAACUCAGAGACUUUACACCUGUUGCUCUUCGUUAUGCAUUAAGCCUGCAUGGGAAAGAUAUAAAUGUGUGGGUGUUUGUACGUUUUCAAAUGUAACUUUGACUCAGCCCUCGGUAUUGAUUAACAUAUUAAAGAAAUCAACAAAGA